AUGGACAAAAUUCCCAGAAUUUCAAUCUUCUUCUUGGCACUCCUUUUCCUCUCGUUCUCUGCAACCUCUUCUGAGGAUCAUGACUUUAGCUACGACCCGGAUAGUGAGAAUGGGCCCGAUCACUGGGGAGACAUUCGACCCGAGUGGUACAAGUGCAAAAAUGGAACCAUGCAAUCUCCCAUUAAUUUGAAUGAGUCUCAGUUAACAUCCAGUUUAGGCCCUCUUCAGCUCUACUAUCGUUCCUCCAAUGCUACUCUUUUCAGUACCGGCCACGAAAUUACGGUGGAGUGGGCUGGAGACGCUGGCUAUCUUCUCAUCAAUGGAACCAUAUACAGGCUCCAACAAUGUCACUGGCAUUCUCCUGCCGAACACACUAUCAAUGGCAAGAGGUUUGAUUUGGAGAUACAUUUGGUGCACCAAAGCAAAGAAGGACAAAUUGCGGUGAUUGGCGUAUUUUAUAGAAUCGGGAUGGCCGAUCCUUUCUUAGGAACGGUGAGGGAUGCUUUGAUACGCAUUUCUCAAGACAGAGAGGCGAAAGUACCAUUGGGUAUGGUAGAUCCAAAGUCUGUGAUCAACAUAAACAGGAAAGUGUAUUACAGAUAUAUGGGUUCUUUAACAACUCCUCCUUGUGAUGAGAAUGUGGUGUGGACCAUUGUUGGACAGGUUAAUUUUGUUUCAAGGGAGCAAAUUGAACUGCUUCGACGUGCGGUUCGAGACGCAUCAUAUACCAAUGCAAGACCACUGCAAAAACUAAAUAAUCGCUUGGUGCAACUCCAAGUAACAAAUAUUCACAAGUAG